AUGGCACCUCCGUCGAACAUUUCGACUAUUAACGAGUCCCAGCAAGCACCCACGGGCAAUACUCCUAGGACCAGUCGUUCUCACUUGCUUGCCGGUCUCCGAACGGCUCCCAAGUCUCCCAUGCCUCCUGGCUCCGCUCCACUCAACCCAGCCCAACAUUCUUACAAUCGUGGCGGAAGUCCACCCACCAAUCAAAGACUUCGUAACAUGGGCGUGCCGCAGACUGCGAUCGGCAAUGGAUUUGGAAACGUCCAGCGUCGGGGAGUGAAUCGAGGUGCAAACAUGUACGGGCUUCCUGAAAUUCUUGCACCACCCGAGCUGCAAUACGAGCAAGAGCAGGAUACAGCAGGCAUGGAUGCGGAGGAAUAUGCUGCUUUGAUGGUCCAAGGACAACAGCUAGCUGCACAACAGGCGCUGCUACAGCAACAAUUGCACAGCCUUUCCAUGGCACAACACCAGAUGCAGAACCUCAAUCUGGGCGGUGGAAUGGGACAACAACAGAUGCAAUCUACGAUGAACGGUUUCUACAGCCAGCAAGUCCAAAGCGGCAUGCAACCGGUCGUCACGCCAGUUCCUGGUACCCCCGGUCUCUACAGCGUCUUCAAUCCGAUGACUGGUCAACAAAAGCUCAUGGUGAAUGAGCAAGAGCAGGCUCAGGCUCAGGUGCAAGCCCAGGUGCAGGUCACCCACAAUGAUUUGUCUCAUUCACCACCACCUACAACCCCAACGUUCCACGCUCAAGUCUCUCCACCACCCGAGAGCAAUGCCCCCUUGUCUUCCGUUACCGGCUUCGCCGCAAACGCAACGGAUGGUCCAAGGGGUCCUGUACCUAGGACUGCUAGCUUUCCUUUGACCCCUCAAACAGGUACAUUCGGUCCUGGUCAGUCUCGCGCUGGUGAUCACCCGAUUCGUCAGCCUCGUGGGCCUCCGUCUCUUGAAGAUUUAGUCGAGAAACCUACUUCCAAGCAUGAGGGCAGCAAGAACUUCGCCACUCGCCAACGUCGUCGCGCCUUGAACAGCCUCGUUCGAGCUGGUGUGUCCCGGAGAGGGGCUUCUCGUGGUAGCAAUUCACUCGAAGGUUCUCCUAGCGGGACACCUUCAAGCGAAUGCGAGAUCACAUUCUCUGUUACAUCCGAAUCAGAUGACGACAGCGUUGGUAGCAGUAACAGUGGUAGUGUUCAUGGUGCUAUUGGUUCAGAACGCAAGAAGUUCCAAGAGCAUUCACGUGAGAGGAACUCGACUGGAAACUCUCUGACUGCCCAGAGUCUAAGCAGCGAGGAGGGCAUCGGCGGGAAAAUGGUGGAGAUCACGGUGGAGGAUCAAGAAAACAAGAAUGAACAACGUGGCCAGCCCAUGCUCGUCCUCACGAGCGCAACUGAGAAGCGCAGGAGCGCUGUGUUCUAA